CCCACACCCACACCGCUGCUGCUUUAUUUGGACCCGCUACCCCGCUGAACCCAAGAGCUUCCUCCCAUUCCACCUCUUCUCCCCGCCCCCCCCCAAGCCUUCCACCCCCCAUACACCUUCGCCCGACCGGAACAACCACGAUAACCCUAAUUCUUACUUCGCGACCUCUGUCGCGACCAUACAUCCCAAGCCGACUCCCCGAGUUCGGUCGCUGAAUUCCCCCGCUUACGGACCUCGAACCGAACUCCGCAUUGCGAACUCACCCUCGACUCGCAUCGACUAAGCCCUUUCCCCCUCCCGAAAUGGACACUUCGGGGCAAAUCGAAGACGGCGCGUCCCAGCCGGGAAGCCAUCGCAACUCACUAAAUCACCACCAGUUUCCGCAGCCCGAUCAAGGCUAUGGCUCUCGGGCGUACGGUUCGCUGUCGCCGCCUCAGUAUGACCCGCGAUUCGCCGAUCUUCCACAGGAACAGCAACAACAGCAACAACAGCAGCAGCACAACAACCGUCCGACGCAUCAAUUCGACGACUACCCGCUCUAUUCUGCGCCCGAGGACUUUGGCUACAGAAAUCUACCAACUUCUGGCGCAAGCAUCAAUCCUGCCGAACUCUCCUUGAUGGACAGCAACAAUAAUCCUUCGUCGCAUCAUCAGCGUACGCCGUCGCAUCAGGUCGAGCCGAGCGACCACGAUUCUCCGGGCCAUCAACAGGCCUAUCUAUCCUCGUCCACCCAGCCUUCGAGCACCGGCGGCUACGAGUGGGAGACCGUGUUUGCCGAGUCGGACUCGUGGCACCAUCGCAGGGCGCCAAGUGAGUACUCGGACAUCUCGUCAGCCGCACCGAGUCCGUACCUCGGCAACCAGGAAUUCGGCGAGUCAUCUUCGCCGCUGCUGGAAGCCCAGUACACGGGUGGUUCGAUGCAGGAUCUGCUGAACGCGCCAGGCGGCGACGCUUUCGGGAUGGAUACGUUUUCGCUGUCGGAGCGUGAGCCGUCCCCGGGGUUGAGUGCCACUCCGGGCUACCACAGCGCCGCCAACAGUCCCUACCUACCGCCACAGGAUAACCGUUCGCUCGGGCUCGUACCGUCGAUGCAAGGCAUGAUGGGGCCACCACCCCCAGCCGGACAUGGCGCUGGGCUUGGAAUACCUGGCGGGUUGGGAAUCCACGAGGAGCACCUCGCUCCUCAGAUCAGCGUCUCGUUUGCACCACCCCAGCGGCAACCAACGUUCCCUGGAAAGCCUGGAAUGCAGCCCGACGACCAGGCUCUGAGACCACCCCCCAAGAGCCCCAGAUCGAGACCGAGAUCCAAAUCCGAUCCUUAUGCGAACGGAUCCGGCGGACCUAUCACGCGGCCUGUGAACUCACAGCCCGGGUCGCGAGGAAACAGCCCGGUGCGGGGUCGGUCCAGGCAGAACUCUUUGAGCCCGUCGGAUGCCCAGCGGCCCACGAGCACCUCAUCCACCAAGAUGUCGCGACGAUCUUCGACCAAUUCGGUGCCGAACCGCGAUUACAUCUUGGAACUGGCGCAUCCCAACCGCCCAGGAUCGACCGCCGGGGACAGUAAACGUGUGCAGAAGCAUCCCGCCACGUUCCAGUGCAACCUGUGUCCCAAGCGGUUCACGCGAGCCUACAAUCUUCGCUCGCACCUGCGCACUCACACAGAUGAGCGGCCUUUCGUGUGUACCAUAUGUGGCAAGGCUUUCGCACGCCAGCACGAUCGGAAACGGCACGAAGGCCUCCACUCGGGCGAAAAGAAGUUUGUGUGCCGCGGAAAUCUCAAGGCGGGCGGCAACUGGGGUUGCGGGAGGAGGUUCGCGAGGGCCGAUGCUCUGGGACGCCACUUUAGAUCCGAGGCCGGUAGGGUGUGCAUUCGCCCGCUGUUGGACGAAGAGACGGCCGAGCGACAACGCAUGCAGAUGCAGCAGGGUGUCAUGGGCCUCAUGGGCCAUGUCUCCUCGGCCCCCGACGGCUCGAUGAUGGAUACUGCCGCCAUGAACAUAUCGUUCCCCGUCGCACUGCUGGAACAGUAUCCGGAUCUGGCCACCAUGAGCUGGGGUGUCGACGGGGGCGCAGGCGCCGACGAAUACGACAACGAUAACGGCUUAGACGCCAGCGGAGGCGAGUACGAAGAUGGCGGUAGUGUCAGUGGAGGUAUUGCCAUGAGCAGUCAUCGCAACAGCUACGAUGGAAGCAGGGCUCCGGUUUGGGGUGACGAUGGGUGGCAUAGCGAUACGGGUGAUGGACAGGUGGUGCGGGUGUACUAGGAGUAGUCGUGGUUGAUUGUGGUUUGCGAUGUGAAGUGUGCGAUGUGCGAUUUGUUUUUCUUGUCUCUGUUCUUAUCGGUACCCCAUUUUUCGUUCCCUGUCUGCUGGCUGGUGGUUCUCCGUAUGUUCUCUCGCAUCUACUUGUUUCCGGUUCAUAAAGGGUUUUUGUUUUGUUUUUAUUUUCGGUUACCAGGUUUUUUUUGGUUGUGUCACUGGUGCUUCUGGUAGUGCUUCUGGUAUGUGCGUUUUGUCUGUCUGUCUUGUCUUGUCUGUCAAUACCCAGCCAGCUGUGAGUGAGUGUGUUCGAUUCGUGUCGUUUUUUUUCAUAGAGAUUAUUACUUAUUCGCUGUAGUCUGUGCGCGGUAUGCAUACUAAGCCUUCGUUGGCUGCUUUUUUCGUGGGGAUGUGGUGACAGCUCUGGUCGAUGGUCAGCGUCCCGAUGAACUUUGAGGCGGAUGUAGGCGGGUGAAUUAUCGUGAUUUUUGG